AUGAAGGAUCGUGCGACAAAAGUGGUCUUCCAGGCUGCAGAAACGUAUGAAAACGAGUUUGCCAUGACAAAGUGGAUCCUGCAGGAGAUGGGUAAAGGUGAUGAAGAGAAAGGGGUGCUUCCAUCUGCCAUCAUGUCAGGUUCGAUCCUAAUAACUUUAAAGUCCAUCAUCAUGGAUGAAUACGUAGAUCAUUUUCUCAAACAGCUGCAGCAAAACGGGCUCCUAACAAUGGAUCAAACAAGGAUGCUGCCAUCAACUAUGUUCGAUCAUGCCCUCAAUAUAAUCUCUUCACAGCCCCAAUGGGAAAAAAUCCUCAACGAUAUGCUGACGGAAAUGCAGAGGAAAGACAUUUGUGAUAUCCUACACACGGCAGCAUCGCUUCAAAUGGAGGUGCUGGAGAAGGCUAUGGAGAUGAAGAUGGCGACAGACGCCCUGAUAGCCAUAUACAAGUAUCACCAAGGGGCAGAUAGAGUCGAAGUCAUAAUGCGAGACAGAUAUGGAGGAAAAUGGGAGUUGAUCUUGACUUUGGAUGUGUGGCCCUACAGGCACCAUCGAACGUCCCUGAACCUCUUGAAGACCAUCUUCAAGAACGCCACGGUCGAUACAGACAUUUUCCUUCAUAAGUUGGUGGAAAAUGGACUCAUUUCUACGGAUCAGGAAAUGGAACUGAAGUCGAAGGCGACAUACGGGGGAAAAGUUGAAGGGAUUUUCUCUAUGCUUCUCCAAAGCAACCAAGAAACAACCUACAGCCUUCUCAUAGAGAUUCUGAGGGAAAUGAAGAGAGAUGAAAUCCUAAAACAGAUUGAGAUGCCCUGUGGGAUGAUGACCGCGGCUUUCCAAUCGGAGAUGGAGAGAAAUAUGCAAAUGCACGCCCUGGCCGUGGCUCAGCUGGGGAUGACGACAACCAACUGUACGAUUCCUCCUGCUGCUUAGAGUGGAAGGAGGAUCUCCUCUACGUUCAAUUCCAGAUGAAUCACAACUCGCUAACGUCAUUUCGCAUUUCGCAAUUCAUAUUAAAGUUCCAUGUGAAUACAGACUGACUCUCUUGGCUCAUCCAGGAAAAUUGCAUUGUGAUGAAUGAUAGACAGAAUUGCAGGCCACAUAAAUAAACCCUUGUCAAUUGCUUCCGAAGAAUGUUGAUUAGCAAAUGAAUUACUACUUCAACGGAUACUAGCUUUUCUCAUAGAGACCAUCUCUCUUAGUCACAGUGAGCUAUACCUAUUUAACAGUUCCGUCC